AUGUCCUACUACCUCUGCGUCGACUGCGGUGGCUCCAAGACCGCCGCCGCCAUCGCGGACAAGGACGGCACCAUCCUCGCUCGCGGCACCGGCGGGCCCUCGAACGUCGCCUACCUCGGCGUCCCUAACUUCAUCCGCGCCGUCUCCGCCACUGUUGCCGCCACCCUCCGCGCGCUCCCCGCCCCGCACGCCCACGACGGCGCCCUGCCCCCGCCCGCGGACGCGCCCGUGUUCGCCGCCGCCUGGCUAGGCGUGAGCGGCGCGGACAGCGCCGCGACGAUCGCGAAGCUCGUCCCGCCCCUCCGCGCGCUCCUCGGCUGCGAGCCCGUGAUGCACGACGACGUGCGGGCCGCGAUCGGCUGCGUCUCCGGCACCGGCGGCAUCGUCGUCUCCUUCCGCAAGGGCGACGGCCGCGGC